AUGCUAAGAGAACUAAUUCUCGUCAUCUCUUUAAAUCAGUUUCCCCUUUCUGACCCUUCAGGGUCCCCGUACCGAGAUAAGAUCACCAUCGCAAUCCUGCAGCUACAGGAGGAAGGGAAGCUGCACAUGAUGAAGGAGAAGUGGUGGCGAGGAAACGGCUGUCCUGAGGAGGAGAAUAAGGAGGCCAGUGCGCUGGGCGUCCAGAACAUCGGUGGCAUUUUCAUAGUGUUGGCUGCGGGACUCGUCCUCUCUGUGUUUGUGGCAGUUGGGGAGUUUCUCUAUAAGUCCAAACAAAACGCACAGCUGGAAAAGAGAUCCUUCUGCAGCGCCAUGGUGGACGAGCUGCGGGUUUCCCUCAAGUGCCAGCGCCGGCUCAAACACAAGCCGCAGCCGCCCGUCAUAGUCAAAACGGAUGAAGUCAUCAACAUGCACACCUUCAAUGACCGAAGACUGCCAGGCAAAGAGACCAUGGCUUAAAACGGACAGCAGCUCGCUCUUUCUUGAGCUUG